UCCGCUCUCCGCCACCUGCACGCCAACCAGCAGCUUCCGACGCCACGCCAUGGAGCCACAGACCUACCUGCUGGUGCUGGGCUGCACGCUGCUGAGCGCGACCCUCGCCUCGCCGCUGCCUGGCGUCCACGUGGAGGACCACGGGGAAGACUACGGCGGCUACGACGAGCACGUCAAGAUCGUCAAGAUCGCCGUGCCGCACCCGGUGCCGGUCCCCGUGCCUCACCAGGUGCCCGUCGCCGUGCCGCAGCCCGUCCCAGUCCACAUCUCGGUCCCGGAGCGCAUCGAGGUGCCGGUGGUGCGUACGGUGCAUGUUCCGGUGGAGAAGCCAGUGCCCAUCCCGGUGGAGAAGAUCGUGCCUGUUCCCGUGGAGCAGCCGGUGCCCAUCCACGUGGAGAAGCCGGUACCCGUGCCCGUGCACAAGCCCUACCCCGUCAAGGUGCCCGUCGUCAAGACCAUACACCACUACAUCAAGACCGGCGGCCACAGCAAGUGGUGAGAGACACACGGCCAGGUACCAAAAGAACUGACAUCGUGAACCGGGAGACGAUUCAUUGACUGCUCAUCUCACACGUUUUCCUUAGCACAUCCCUACACUCAGUAUUUCUUGUUGUGUACAGUUUUUGUUAAGUCUUUUAAAUCUUUUGUAAUAAAAUAUUGAAAAACAC